AUGGGGAAAUCGCAGGCUCCGAUACAAAAAGAGUACAGAGAACACAAGAAACAACUGUUAGGUGCAGAAUACCAGAAGACGGAGCGAGAAAGGGUUAAAAAGUAUUACAUUCCAUCAGCUGAACUUAGUAACAAAAAGAGAAAACAAAGAAAUGAAAAGAUGAAGGCUGCUAACAAACGAUUUAGAACUAGACGACAAGAGUUGUUGGAUAGAUUACGAAUAUAUGAGUUAAGUAGGACAUCCAAUGAUGAAAGUGGAUAUGCUAGCAUCGGAAGUGAAGCUGCCAAUAGUACAGAAAGUGAUACAGAGAGAGAACCAGUUACAGGUGAUAGAGAACGCUUGAUCGUCAGUCUUCCUGCAAUUAGAAUGAAAUCAAGAGCAAAUGGGGCUAAAAAGGCACGAAGUCGAGCACUUGCUAGGGCACAUAGAUCAAUUGCAACACUGAAAAAGCAAAAGAUAGAUCUUGAAAGGAAGCUGAAAACUAAGGCAAAACAGUUAGAGAGAAUUCGGAAAAAGCCAAUUCCUUCAAUGUCGAAACUCAAUAAAUCUAUAUCAGAGUCAACAACAGAAUGUUUUACACCUGUGUCAGAAAUAAAUAUUUUGUCUUCUAUUAAGAAAGUCGCUGCAGACAUGUCACCAAAAUCAAAAGCGAAGGCAGAAGUUGAGAAGUUAAGACUAACACCAAGAAGAAGAAAAACUGUACAAAGAAAACUUCUUGCUAAUGUUGUUAUUUCUGAAGUGAAGAAUGCCAAAGCUUCAAUUUCAAAGAAGAAAAGAAGUCAAGAAAGAAUAAACGCAUUAAGUUCUGAAAUUGGAUUGUCCAGAAAAGCAAUGAGAAAAGCUGACACUAAAGUUCAUGCAGCUGUAAAAGAAACAAGAAAAUGUGUUUCAAAAAUGAUUGAGAAAAGAAUAGAAGAGUUCCUUGGAAGAGAGGACAACUGCAGAGUUCAGCCUGGGAAGAAAGAUGUGAAACAAGGAAAACAAACCAAAGUCCUCACUGACUACUUGAAGAAUUUGUAUGAGAAGUUUGUUGCUGAAAACAGUGACCUUAAAGUUUCCCUGGCAACUUUCUGUCGUUUACGGCCUAAACACAUUUUGCUAGCAAAGUUCAUAUCAAGAAAUGCAUGCCAGUGUUUGAAACACCAAAAUAUGGCCAUGAAGGUUGCAGCAAUGAGAAAAGUGGGUGCUAAGUUAAGUGAAAAUCCAGAAAAAAUAUGUAACCACAGAAAUAGCGUAGAAGAAUUGGUAGACACAAUUGACUCAGACAUUAAGCUAAUAAAAUACAGACAAUGGAAAAAGGUUGAGCUAGAAAAUAAGAUGAAGAAAAUGAUGAUAGUAGAAAUAGAGGUUACCAGAGAAGAUUUUGUUACAUUAAUCAAGAAGGAAAUUGAAGACUUCUGCGGUCACGUACACAGGGUAAAAUGUCAGUAUCAAGAACUAAAAGCCAAUAAAGAAAGUUUGCAAAAUGACGAGGCGUUCAUUCAGAUGGAUUUUGCGGAAAACUAUACAUGUCGAACAGCUGACGAAGUGCAAACCGCAUACUGGAGCCUGACAUCAGUUACACUGCACCCAGUUGUCAUAUAUUUUAAGAAAGACAGCAGGUUGUGUCAUAAGAGCUAUGUUGUUGUUUCAGACACCAUAACACAUUCUUCCAGCACAGUUGUUGCAUUCCUGGAUGCUGUGUUACCAGAAAUCAAAAGCUUGCUUCCCAACCUCACAAAGGUACAUUACUGGACAGACAGUCCAUCAAGCCAAUACAGAAACAAGUUUAUAUUUAACACCCUCGCAAACCACAAUGAGGUGUAUGGAGUUCGUGCUCAAUUCAACUAUUUCGAAGCAGGCCAUGGCAAAAGUGCAUGCGACGGUUUGGGUGGCACUACAAAAAGAAUGGCUGAUGAGGCAUCUCGUCAAGGGAAUUGUCUUAUUCAAAAUGCUCAUGACUUCUAUAGUUGGGCUAAAUCCUCUUCAAUGUCAGAAGUAACAUUUUUGUUUGUCAGCAAGGAACUUUGCGGGAAAAAACAACAAGAAUUUGCUUCUUUGAACAUCAGACCUGUCCAAAAUACUAUGAAACUGCAUGCUAUUAUGUUUGAUGAUGACAGCAAAGCUUUUAAGACAAGAGAGACGUCCUGUUACUGCGCACAAUGUGCAACAGGAAAACUAUGCAAAACGUGGACUCAGGUUUCUAUGCUUAAGAGUAUUAAUAAGCCAAAGACAUCACUACUAGAAACAGCAACUCAGCAAGGGAGUCCUAAAGAGAUUGACAAUAACAAAGACGACAUAAUUAUUGUCGACGACUUUGUAGCUGUUAUGUAUGAUGGCAUGGUAUAUAUUGGGAAAGUUCAGGAAAUUGAUUCUGAAGAUGGUGAAUACAAGAUUUCUUUCAUUGAAAAAGUGAAGGAACUGUACAGAUGGCCAAGAGCGGAGGACAUUUUAUGGGUUACACAUUCAGAUAUAAUUGGCAAAAUUGAUGAGCCUCAACAAACAGGAAAAUCAAAGAGACUGUUUAGGAUUACGGUGGAAGACAAUACCAUGAUCUCGAAGUACAGCGAAUAA